AUGAACGCACUUAUCAAGCUUCACAGGCCCCUAAGUAAGACUUUACCGAGGUUACGAAUGGAUCAGAGCAUUUGGAACGAUCUGAAGAACGUUGUCCGCCCACUCGUUCAGGACCACCUGGCUGUCCAAGUACCAUACGGAGGGCAAGACCACAAGGAAAUAGACACAAUCUUGCGGAAGGCCAUACGUGCACUACCACUCCUCGAGCAGUACCAAGAUGCCUGGCCCGUAGAUCUGUACAUCCGCCGUUUCCUCCAUGAACACAAUCGCAGGGGGAGCACCACGUUCUGUCGAAUGGCACAGGGACAGAUUGGCCAAAAACCUACCAGCCUAGGACGCGCUGCGCUCAACUUGACCCUGGGCAUUAAACGUAAACCUCGAGCCAGGAAGGUUGCAAGGGACGUUCUGGCAGUCGGCAUCUUGCAGAUUUCUCACCUUGAAGCGCUAAGCACGUUAGACGUGGAUGAUUUCCUCGUUCAACAGGACAGAACCUUACACAUGACCCCAUUCGACCGAUUCAUGCUCGCGAGCGCCAUUAAGCGAUGCAAGAAGUGA